CAUCCCAUGGUCCUUGAUCAUCUUUGAACGUCGCUAUCAGCAAUCACUCGGUGGCGAUCACAUUCAUAGGUUGAGGAUCCGAUCGUAGCUUGAGCUGGCUUGCCCCUUGACCAAAUGGUUACACAGAGUAACCCAGACUCGAGGCCAUUGCCAGACGGCUGGAUCACACAAUUCAACGAAGACCACAAAACAUGGUUUUAUGUCAACAAGAAUGCACCUGGAGGUCCAAAGAGUCAAUGGACACAAACAACGCAUCGUCAUCGCCGUAUCAACAGCAGCAACAGACAUGCACCUUCUGGUCAAUAUGGUGGCGGAUACCCACAGCAACAGCAAUAUGGAGGGUACCAACAACAGCAGUAUGGUGGAGGGUACCAGCAGCAGCCCAUGUACGCUCAACAGCCCAUGAUGCAGCAAGGAUAUGGUGGAGGCUAUGGUGGAGGCUAUGGUGGAGGAUAUGGGGGAGGAUACGGUGGCGGAUACGGACCGCCAAGACGACAGGGAAUGGGCCGCUCUCGGAGUCGGUGGUGGUCUGUUAGGUGGUAUGCUCAUCGGGGACAUGAUGGCAGAUCAACAAAUGGACGCCUACCAAGACGGAUUCCAAGAUGGUGCUAUGGAUGAUGGUGGUGGAGGUGGGGACUUUGACGGUGGUGGUGGAGACUUCUAGGAGAUGGUGGUGGGAGUAAGGAAUUAGAAGAGUACUUCUUGAGGAUUGGGUUUCACUUGGACCGCUUCGAAACACGGGUUUGCAUUCGUAUAUGACCAUGUAUGCUUGGGCAGCCACAGACCCUUGCAGGAGGUUUGCUCCUAGACAUGCGCCCACCGUCUGCCGGAUUAUUAGAGCCGAAAUCUAGCAUUCAAUG